CACCAGCCUGUAGCGACACAGGGCCUCCUCAUUAUUCUCAUUCGCAGCAACCUCCUAUAAUAACACAACCGCCAUUACCGCUACAACAGCAACAACAUUUACAGCAACAACAACAACAUUUACAGCAUCAACAACAUUUACAGCAUCAACAACAACAACAUUUACAGCAUCAACAACAACAACAAAUACAACAACAGCAACAACACCAAUAUCAACAGUAUCACAACGCAGCACCACAGCCGCUACAACCGAUUUACGUCAGACAAAUGCCACCACUUUCCCAAAUGAAUCAUCACAAUCCUAGUGCAUACGCAGCAGCUACAUUACGCCGCCAGCCGAAUUCAGUGCGUGAUAUCGAAACCAUACCAAGUUCGAAUGCUAUCGACAGUGCCAUGUAUGAACGGGACAAGCAAAUUUACAAAUGCUCAACGAUGAGGCCUGGUGGCAAGUACGAUGAGAAAGGUUCAUUUUCGACGAAACCAUCCAUACUAAAUUGUCCGUUGCCGGAAAUACCGAAACAAAAUACCGAUUCACAGGACAGUAUCAAAUUAGAUUCAGUUCCGCCGCCGAUGACUAGAACCCUUCAGCGAACGCUGAAAACUCCACCAACCGGCAAAGCCAUUCCACCACCCAAAAUAAUGGAUCCAAUACUAAAACCAGUACAAUCAACCGAACCAAUUGCGGUACCCGUUCCACAAAAACCCCAAUCACCUCCGACUGUAACCCAAACACCAACAACAAUUAAUCCAAACGACGAAUCUAAUUAUGCUGUGACUGAAUUGUAAGUUUAAAGAAAAAUGAUCAUUUUGUUCCUUACUUAUACUUUUUACGCGUUGAAAAUGAAUGAUUUCAAAGAAUUGGAAUGCGAUUUCAGUUCAGAAACAAACAGACAAAAAUUAGUCGCUACAGGCUGCAAAAUAUAAAUUGAGAAAAAUUAUGUUAAAUGAUAUGAAGCAAGAAAAAAUGCGCAACCAAUACACUGCAAAUUAUACGAGAGCAUUUUUUGUUUGUGUAUCUUCGAAAAUAAAUUGUUUUCGUUUGUAAAAUUUAAAUUAAAUUUUUUAGAGUUACAAACUUUAGAUGUGAUGGAUAUAAUGUUCCGUUUUGACAACAUAAACAAGUAGAUGAUUGACAAACGUUAUUUGAAGGUGAAACUAAUUUAUACAAAUACCAAUAAAAAAAUCGGGGCUCAUCCAAGAAACGACAUUUCACGAGAGCUUUUCGAAAGUCUGCACAUUCAGUGCGUUUCAAUGUGUCAGCUCUGUAUUAGGAUAUGAAGUAGUUACCGAUUCCUAACGCAUGCUAAAAGGCUUUUUUAGCGAAUGAGAGGUUCGAAUCGAUUUAGCUAAAAAAGCCUUUCAUCAUAAGUUCGGAAUAACGUUUUUAGGACGUGGUCGCGAUAUUUUCACACUAGUUGGGAAAAUUCUUUCUUUUGGCACUAGAUGUGUAGGUGUGACAAUACAGAUCGUGUGCCUCAACAACCGAGCGGCAGCAUACGGAUUGGAAUGUUUCUUAUGUAGAUUUGGAGAUGAAUGAUGAAUUAAAAAGGAAUUGCUUAGAAUCGUUCAUCGUUUCACUGAGUUGUUUCUUUCUAAAAAGUGCAAUAAAAAUUCGUUUUUGUUGUAUUUGUAUAGAUUAACUUUCAAAUGUUUUUUAGCUUUAGAACCUAAUCGCAUUUUUAGCUAAAGAAAUUGAUCAUGUACUGUGCCAAAUCGAACAAUUUAUAUAAAAAGAGAAAAAGAAAAACUUAAAAUCUUAAAGAAUAAUAUAGCUAGUAUAAAUUUAGAAGGAGCACAAUAUUUUCAAUUGAAAAGUAAGAAA